AUGCCUUCUUCCGCCUCCACAAACGGGGCCUCCUCCACCCCCGACGCCCUCGAAUCCGACCUCCUCGUCAAACUGUCCGCCAGCUCUGCGCUCGAAGACCUACAAGAGAACCUCCUCGGAUCACUCCACCGCCUGGGCUGGACCGAAAAAAUUACCACCCUUGCAACCGAACUACUCCGCGCCGGCCGCUGUGAGACCUUUGACGAUGUGAUGGCGGCAGUCUUAGCUUCGGCGGAAGGCCGACCCCACCCCGCGCUGGGCUCCAAGGCGACGAACGGCGAAGCGACCUCAAAUGGAUCAAAAGAAACAAAUGGCACGAAAAAGGGUCACAAGGAACCCCCUUUUGACCCCCUGAAAUACAUCGAGGAGGUGGAUGUGCGCAUCCCUCUGCCGGUGGUCGAGGAGGGUGUUCGCGGCUUGAAAGAUAUCCUACGAGAAGUGGCUGACCUGGAAGGAGAAAGUACGUCCAACGGGGACAAGAAAUAA